CUCCACUAACUAAGCUUAAGUAUAGAUCUUAUUUCUCCAAUCUCCAUAAAAAUCAAACUUCAAAAUGAAAAUAUUAAGAUUUUUGGUCCCAUCAUUUUCAGCUUCUCUUAAUCUGUCCUGUGAACUUCAAUCGUAUACCACUAAUCAUCUUCAUCGGCAUUUGCUUAACAAUCAUCAUAUUGGAACUAUGUUUUAUUUUAAGGCCCAAUGUCUUCUUUGUACUUCAGUAGAAAAGGCUGAAGUCAACGUCAGUUAUUCAUCGGAGCUUCCGACGGGUCUCCGGCGAGAAUUGAUGCCGAAACACGUGGCGCUAAUAUUAGAUGGAAAUAAGAGAUGGGCUGAGCGUAGAGGGCUGGGAUCUGAAAUGGGUCAUGAUGCUGGGCUUCAGGCUUUGCUUCGAGUAAUGGGCUUUUGUUCUAAAUGGGGCAUUCAAGUUGCCACUUUUUUCUUGUUUUCAUCUGAAAAUUGGUCUCGCCCCAAAGAGGAAAUUCAUUUCGUGAUGUGGCGUUUUCAAAAGAUGUUGGUAGAUGAACUCAAAAAUAUCAUGAGACAAGGAAUACGAAUCUCAACAAUUGGAAAUACGUCUUUGCUUCCUAAAUCUUUACAAGAAGUGUUAGAACAUACCAAAGAAUCCACAAAAGACAAUACAAAAACACAUGUUAUUUUUGCUAUUAGUUAUAGUGGAAAGAAUGAUAUCGUGCAAGCAUGCAAAAGUAUCACCAAGAAGGUUCAAAUUGGCCUUAUUGAUUGUGAAGAUGUGGACGAGUCUCUAAUAGAGCAAGAAUUACAAACCAAAAUUAUGACUGCCCCGUGCCCGGAUUUACUCAUUCGAACAAGUGGUGAGCUUCGUAUUAGCAACUUCUUGCUUUGGCAAUUGGCAUACUCGGAAUUCUACUUUACUACAACGCUUUGGCCUGAUUUUGGAGAAUUUGAGUUUAUUGAAGCAUUACAGUCUUUUCAAAAGAGGCAAAGACGUUUUGGAGGGCGAUCAUUGUGAAUUUUCUUCCUCUAAAGCCUCAUAUAUUUUUGAUUUGAUUUCUUUCGUUGAAAUACAACUAUAACAUUGUUGUGAUCUUUGAUGAGUUAACCUCAAACUGUUUUUGGCUUUCAGCUAUUUGAAUAAUUGAGUAAUGGAAUAACAAUCAUAUUGUGAU